AUGAUUUGUAGAUUCUUUGCAGGGUUUAUUGGUGCAGCACCUUUGGUGGCUGUUCCUGCUGCUAUAGCGGAUAUGUUCGGAGCGGCUGUUAGAGGUCAAGCUAUGGUUAUUUUUGGUGUGAUUUUAUUUGGGGGGCUUGAAUUGGCAACCAUCUUCUGUGAAUUCACUGUCAAAAAUGAUAAUUUAGGCUGGGGAUGGACUUCCUACUUUAGUGCUUUAAUUGGAUGUCUCUCUUUCCUUGGUAUAACUUUCUUCUACGAUGAAAUACAUCAUCCCUUAAUUUUAGUCAAGCAGGCAGAAAUCUUAAGAAGAAGAACAGGAAAUUGGGGUGUUCAUGCACCCCAUGAAGAAUUUUCUUUGUCAUUAUAG